AUGUCCAUGCUACAACAAGGCCCCCUGACAGUGGCCAUGUGUGUGCUGCUCUUAGCCACACUGACCCCCACCUCGGAGGCCCGACGCGGCGGAGGCUUCAGGGGGGGUUGGGGCGGCAGCAGGCCAGCCUACAGGCCGGCCCCUCCCAGAAGCAACGGACCCAGUGCGGGUAAAGUAGCCGGCGCUGCGGCGGCGGGAGCCAUCGGAGGAGCCAUGCUGGGGUCCGCUCUGAGCCGCCCCGGGUACGGCUACGGCGGAGGGUACGGGGGAUACGGAGGGUACGGGGGCUACGGGGGAGGCUACGGCUACCCGCGGUACGGCGGUGGCUACGGACCCAGGCCUGCGUAUGAGCCGGAGGGCUCCGGAGAUAUGGAGUACUACACCGGCGCGUCCAGCGGCCCCAUCUACAACAGCAUCAUCGUUGUGAUCGGCUCCCUGCUCUCUCUGCUGCUCAUCAUGUGA